CAUUCGGCAGUAUAUAAGCGCUCGCUGGAAGAGGACGGACGGCUUUCCCAAGCCCGCUUCAGGCAGCACCGCCAAAAAUCAAUUUUAAUCGCUUUUAUUUUUGUUUUAAAAAAAAAUCUUUUUCUUGACCAAAAAACAAACCACCUCAUCUGGAUAUUUCAUUUAAAUUCUCCUCCGUAUCCACAUGGCGAGUUCGGCCAACUCAAACCCGGUGCCUAAACUCUACAGAUCAGUGAUUGAAGAUGUAAUCAACGACGUACGAGAACAAUUCCUUGAUGAAGGAGUGGAUGAACAAGUUCUUAUAGAAUUAAAAACGCUAUGGGAGAGCAAGCUAAUGCAGUCAAAAGCUGUUGACGGCUUCCACUCAGAGGAGCAACAGAUUUUAAUUCAGGCUCAGCAGCAACAACAGCAGCAACAGCAGCAACAGCAGCAUCAACAUCAAGCUCAGCAGCAACAGCAGCAGCAGCAACAGCAGCAUCAACAUCAAGCUCAGCAGCAACAGACACAGCAAGUGCUCACAAUACCUGCUAAUUCAGUUUUCUCAUCUUCUCAUAAAUCAGGACCGCAAGUUAUUAUGCAAGAUGGGAAACUAAUACAACAUAUGAAUCCGACUGGCAUGAGUGCAGCUGCUACUGCAGCAACUUUGGCGUUACCAGCCGGUGUUCCAGCUCCCUACCAGCUUUCUAAUGGACCAAUACUAGCGAAUACAGGGCAACUGCUGCAAGUUGUACGAGCUCCUAAUGGAGCCCACUACUUUUUCCAGCCACACCAGCAAGUUGUACUUGCACAAUCAGUGACUCAGCAGCAGGUUAUUCAGCAGAUGCAGUCUGGUGGUGUGCAGGCACCUGUCAUACAGCAGAUGCUGGCUCCACUGCCACCUGGAAGUAUCCCUCAGCAGACCGGAGUGAUCAUUCAACCUCAGCAAAUUCUUGUUGCAGGGAACAAAGUUCCUUCAAACACACAGGUUAUGCAAGCCACCACUGUAGCAGCAACCCCAUCGACACAGGUUGCUCAAACAAACAGCUCCACUCCUGUUCAGCAGCAACCACAGCAGCAGCAGCAGCAACAGCAGCAGCAGCAGCAGCCGCAGCCACCUUUAGUGGUGCAAGUAGAUGGGUCUGGAGACACUUCAUCAGAGGAAGAUGACGAUGAUGAAGAGGAUGAGUAUGAUGAUGAGGAAGAAGAAAAGGAUAAGGAGGAGGUUGGGGAAGAUGGACAAGUUGAAGAGGAGCCACUGAACAGUGAAGAUGAUGUCAGUGAUGAAGAGGGGCAAGAACUCUUUGACACAGAAAAUGUUGUUGUAUGCCAGUAUGAUAAGAUCCACCGAAGUAAGAAUAAAUGGAAGUUCCACCUAAAGGACGGGAUCAUGAACCUCAAUGGGAGAGAUUACGUGUUUUCCAAAGCCAUCGGAGAUGCAGAGUGGUAAGAAUUCAGAUACUCUUGAGAAAGGACAGGCUCAGCGGACUGGACUAACGUUUGAAGUACGAACUGAAUUACGAAGCCUGCAAGUGAAAAGAAUACAGAACUACUGGUACCCAAGCUACUGAGUUGUACAACACUACGUUAUGUGGGGAAAAGCCUUACCACUGAAAUGGCUCACAUUUUAGAGAGAAAAAGAAAACAAUAUGCUUAACUAUCAGUCAUACCAUAAUACAGUCACUGCUUGCUGAUUGAUGAAUUACCAUCUACAGAGCUAGCGAGUUUACAAAACAUCAACCAAGACUCUUCUAAGGAGAAAGCAUUUAGAGGACCCAGUCACUGUGCUUUGUGCUAAGUGCUGUCAUUUGAACUGCGUAGAAACUGAAAUAAAUAAACAUUUUAAAAAAAAAGGUUCUUUUAUAGGGGAGGUUUAUAGCUGGGGAAGAAAGACCUUGUAAAUUCAAGACCCUUCACAUUUGUGUAGUGAUUGAAUAACUUCCUGACCCAGGACCAACACAUUCUUAAGAUGUAACAAUGGCUGAUAUAUUUUAAAAUUUAAAAAAACAAAGUUGAUAGAUUACUUCGAAUUGCAGACGAUUUGAUAACCUAGACAUGUAUUCCGUUUACCUUUUUUAUGCUGUGAUUUUAUUACGGUAUGCAAUAUAGUUGAGACGGACUCUUCAAAACUAAUGUCUUCACACCAUACCUGUGAUAAUUUUGAAAAAUCAGCCAGAUCCCAGAGGCUGAACAUACCAAACUGUGCUCUUAUAUAUAGUGCUAUUAUCAAGUGUUCCUUUUGCAGGCAUGUUUUAUAGUUUAAUUUUUUCUCUCUGUUUCACCUAUGUGGCACAUCGCACUAUACUGUAGAUCAGUGCAAGUCUAAUUUUAAUUGACUAUUUUUACUUAUGACUGUAACAGAUCAUUAUGUUAAGUUUUAAUAGAAAUCAUCAUGCCUGUUUUGAGGUUUUCGUUUCUUUUCCUACCCCCUUUGGUUUCAUGUAAUGGUUUUCUAAUCUUGAAAGACUUUGGAAUUUAAUAGAACAAGUUGAGGGAUUUGCCUUUUUUAAAAUGAUGAGAGAGACAUCACUUUUAGCUGUGCUUUCAACAGAGACAGUAUUAUACGAUUACUGAAAUGAUUCUUGAGUGUAAAGAGGGGAAAGAAAUGGCAAAGUUUGCACAUGGAGUGGAGAAACUUAAGGAAAAUAAAUUGAGCGCCUUUAAAAGAAAAAGAAAUAAGAAGCCAGCCAUUUACACAUGUUGCUUUUUUAAAAUUAAAAACAAAAGCCGCAUGGCAAUUUGACAAAGAACCACAAUUUUCAUUAGCUGAUCUUUUUUCUACUAUCCACAGCUACUUAGUCACCUGGUGUUGUACAUACGUGUAAGAGGGAAAUCUAUUUAUUAUGUUUGUAUAAUUCAUCUUGUACCAUUUAAAUCAAGGUUCUUAAUAAUAUAGUCAUCUUCGUUUAAGCCCCUGCUUGUAAGACCAUUAGAGAACUUAGUAUUUUGUUGUACUAAGAUUUAUUUUAAGUUACUUAAAAGUAUUUUGCCUUUGCAAAAAAUUUAAUUAAAAAUGCCCUUAAAGUUUGUGUUUAUUGCUUUAAUUUUCUAGAUUUCAUGUUAUUUUAUCUUGGGGGGAGAAAAAAAGAAUUAGGCAACAAAAUGUGUCUCUUCCUUGAACUCUAGUCAUUGUAGGUUUCAAUUCAGAUUGAUAUUUGGGUGGGAGUGUGUAUAUAUGUAUAUAAUUAACCCUAGCUUCAACAUUUUAAACUGAGUGAGAAUGAAUGCUUUGUUAUAAUUUAUAUUUUUCAUUUCAAAUAUAUUGUGAAUCGCUCAAU